UCUUCCUACCUCGAUUGCUGCCAAACAUGUCGUCUUCUGGCGAUUACCAGCUCGCCGCAUGUGCGGCUGGCUUCUCCCUUGGAUUUGGAUACCUAACAACAGUCCGAGCCCUUCAUCAAACCAGAGCGAACAGGAAUCCAUUGCGGUCUGCAUAUAUUUACAUGAUCUGGGGCGAGAUUAUAGCGAAUCUUGUCCUUGGUGUCCUAUGUUGGCUUUGGUUGAAAGAUAUUGUUCACAAUNNGGGUACGCAGAUUCUUCUGAUGACCCAAAUCCAUCUAACACUCUUCAGACCUGUCCUACUCUUCUUCAUCCUCUUUUUCUAUGUUUUCGAAGUUCAGUUCCUCAUGCAAAUCAUCAUCAAUCGCAUCUCGAUCAUCUCAGAGCGCAAGGCCACAGCACACCGCUUGAAGAUUGGAACUGCUGUAGUCAUCUCCUGCAUUAAUAUUGCUGUCUUCUGCAUCUUUAUUCCUUCGCAUCUCUCGCCUCCACCCAGCAAAGUCUUUGUCCAUAUCAACAAGUAUUGGGAUCGCACCUCUAAGAUCUUAAUCAUGCUCGUCGACGCGUUCCUAAACUGGUACUUCAUUUACGUUGUUAGGGCUAGAUUAGUCAAGCAACAUGGCCUUCGAAAGUACAAGCCCUUGGUGGCUUACUACACUCGUUUGGGAGUCAUCUCUGUCUGCAUGGAUCUUAUGCUCAUCGGCCUGAUGUCUCUUCCUAAUGGUAUUGUCUUUGUGCAAUUCCACCCGGUGGCAUAUGUAAGUCAAAGUCUUCGUUCCUUUAACCUCAAAGUUUUGCUAUUUCCUGUCGUGUUCUUGCAUCCAAAGACGCUAACGCGACACACANNGAUGGUCAAGCUUAACAUCGAGAUGAGCAUGGCCGACAUGAUUAUCAAGGUUGCACGAAACAACGAGCAAGACAUGAACUUCAACUCUUCUUCCCAAGGCACUCCUUACCCGGCAACACUCAAUACCCAGAAGUCACAAACACUUCACACUUUCCAUGGAGAUAGUUGCGCUGGAACUCCAAGAAAUGUGACAAAUACUGCAUUCGUUGGACACAACCAAGGCAACGAGGACCUUAGAGAAGAUAUACACGGCAUCAAACGCCAAACGGAGGUCCAAGUGUAUGUGGGCGACUCCGAGAGUGAGGAACGUUCAAUCGACCUUGAGCACGGAAAGCCGUCUACAAGAGACUUCACCCACGACCGUGAUGGCUUCGCGAUUAACAACCGAGCUAGUCAUCACUCGAACGACUCGCAGAUUCCCAUGAAUGAUCUAGCUAGUCCUGUUGGUCGUGCAACA